AUGCACAUUCUUGAAAAGUCUUCACUCACCAAUAUACCAAGUAAUUUGGAGAGCCGAAUCAGAGAUGUUUCAUAUAAAGCUAAAGACAUUAUUGAAUCACGCAUGGUUUCUUCAAAACUCAUGCAAGACCGGCGUUCUAAGUUUGAGCAAGUGGUUUCCAACCGCGUGAGCUUGGCCUUUCCAACACCAGAUCUGCAGCAAGUAACUCAAGAGUUGGAUUCUGCAAUGGAACAAGUGGUGAAGCUCAUGGAGGGGAAGAAGACGAUGUUAAGUGGUGCUUCUUUCUCGCAUGGUGAAGUGCAACAACUUGAAUCUGUAAACCUUGUGGAAGGGGAGGAAAAGAAGAUGCCGGAUUUAUCGACCUCCAAGAAUGAUUUGGUUGGAGUUGAUGCAGAUCUGUUGCAGUUGAAGGAUCGUCUUACAAAUAUGCAGAGCAAGCUGGAGAUCAUCCCCAUUACUGGGAUGAGUGGCAUAGCAAAUGUAAAAGCUUCCAUUGUUGAAUCUGAAGAGCAGUGCUCCAAUAUACUUUCCUUGAGUUAUAACCACUUACCCAUUUACUUGGAACUAUGUUUCUUAUACAUGGGAGCUUUUCCAGAAGAUUAUAAGAUUAAUGGAUCGAGACUUAUAAGUCUAUGGAUAGCUGAGGGAUUUGUGAAAUCUAAUGGUGGUAAGAGUUUGGAGGAAGAGGCUAUGGAUUACUUGAAACUCCUCUUGGAGAGGAAUCUACUUUUGGUUAGACGAGAAAAGUCCAAUGGGAAAGCAUUGAGUUACUCUAUCCAUGAUCUUUUGAGGGAUUUAUGCAUAAGGAAAGCUAAUGAGGAGAAGUUUAUACACGUUAAGGAUUCCAUGCGGCGUGUAAGUGUUGAGUCAUCAGAUGAAAUGAACGAUGUGUGUGCUUCACCACAAUUAAUGUCACUUGCUCGAUCUUUUAUAUGCACUAAUGAUAGGAUUAUAUCUCCUAUUUUUUGCAUAUUAAAAUUGGUUAGAGUGUUGGAUGUAAUGGGUAUGUUAUUGGAGGAGUUUCCAGAAGAAAUAUUACAACUUGUCAACCUACGCUACUUAGCUAUAAACUGCUCCUUAGGUUUACCUAAAGGAAUAUCAAGAUUGAACAAUUUGCAAACCUUGAUUUGUCCACACCGUAUACCAUAUGUGACUUCUGAAUUAGGGGGGAUGUCUGAGCUAAGACACAUUAGGUUGGUGAUGGCAGUAAUCGAAAUCCAGGAGAUACAAUUUGAUAUUAAGAAGAUGCAUACGCUUUUCCACGCGUGA